CCGCCCGCCGAGCCAGUCCUGCCGCGUCAGGCGGCCCCGGCCCCGCAGUCCCCGCCCGGCGGCGGCGCUGCCCGGCUGGUUCCACAACUUUUUGACAGUUUCUCAGCAGCCGAGGAGGGGGAAAACAGCCUGUGCUCCGGCUGCGCUGGGGCCGUGAGCGCUCUCCGGAGGAACGAAGCCCCCUCUCCCCGCCGGCACCAUGUCCCGGGACCCCGAGGAGGUGAACAGGCUGACAGAGAGCACCUACAAGAAUGUUAUGGAACAGUUCAAUCCGGGACUGCGGAAUUUAAUAAAUCUGGGGAAGAAUUAUGAAAAAGCUGUUAAUGCUAUGGUAGUGGCUGGAAGAGCAUAUUAUGAUAGUCUUGCAAAGAUUGGUGAUAUAUCAGCUGAUUCUCCUGUUUCUAAAGAAUUAGGCCAAGUUCUCACAGAAAUUUCAAGAACACACAAGAAACUUAAUGACAGUCUAGAGGAAAGUUUCAAAAAAUUUCAUAAAGAAAUUAUAUCUGAACUGGAGAAGAAAACAGACCUGGAUGUAAAAUACAUGACUGCAACUUUAAAGAGGUACCAAAACGAACACAGAAGCAAAUUAGAUUCUCUAGAGAAGUCUCAGGCUGAGCUGAAAAAAAUCAGAAGGAAAAGCCAAGGAGCACGAAAUGUAAUGAAAUAUGAGCAUAAAGAAAUGGAGUAUUUGGAAACCGUGAACUCUCGACAGACUGAUAUUCAGAGGUUUAUUGCAGAAGGCUGUAGAGAAGCUCUACUUGAAGAAAAAAGAAGAUUCUGUUUUCUGGUUGACAAGCACUGCAGUUUUACCCAGCACAUGCACUUCUAUCAUGUUCAGUGUGCAGAAUUCCUCAACUCCAAGCUGCCUGGGUGGCAGGAAAUUUGUAGUGAUGCUACCAAAGUGCCUGAAAAAGUCAAAAUGAUGAUAGACGAAAUAAGGACACCUGGUUCCACUCCAAUAUCAGGAACACCACAGCCUUCACCAAUGAUAGAGAGAAAUACCAUGAUUGGAAACGAUUUUUAUACUCAUCAUGAAAAUGCAUCAAAGGUGCCCCCUGCUCCUACAGGUAGGGCAUACAUUAGUCCACUGGUUGAUAUGUUUAACAAUCCUGCAACGGUUCCAAAGACAUCUUCCGAAAGACUAAAUUCAGCAGAGAAUUCAGAAGAUGCCAGUUUAUCACGUUCAACUUCUGUUGCCACAGGGUUGAAUAUAAUGAAGAGGCAAAAAGUGAAGACAAUCUUCCCACAUACUGCUGGAAGUAACAAGACAUUACUUAGCUUUGCACAGGGGGAUAUCAUCGUACUUCUUGUAGCUGAAGAAAAGGAUGGCUGGCUUUAUGGGGAACAUGAGUCAACUAAAGCAAAAGGAUGGUUUCCAUCAUCAUAUACUAGACCACUGGAAGAACCAGCAGAAGAAAAAGCAUUUGCCCCAGUGCCAAGCCCUGCACCAAUUAGAAGUAUUAGUUCUGUGAAUCUUGCAGAAAAAGCUGGUGUUGUCCUCCCACCACCAGACUAUCUGGGGUCUUCGCGAACAGGUUCAUCAUCAGAUAAGAGAAUGGAGUCUUCCAAAGGUACUACUGUUAAAACACCAACUGACAGACCAGAAAACGUGGGUCAGAAACCUGAUAUGAAUGGCAUUGUAAAACCACCCUUUCUAAGUGGGGAAAAUCCAUUUGCAACUGUGAAGCUCAGACCAACAGUAACAAACGACAGAUCAGCACCAAUUAUUCGAUGAAUGUACAAUAUAUAUACACUUCCUCCUUAUAAACACCAUUUUCAGUACUGUCAAUUGCUAUCUAAAGUUGUUCUAAAAAAGAUUAUUUAAGUGUAAUUACUGUACAAUAGAAUCAUACUGGAAUGGAUUUCUGAUUUUUAAAAACCUAUACUUUCUAAUGAGGUUAUUGCUUUGGGCUAAUGUUUGAGCACUUUAGCUUGAUUUUACAGUAUGCCUUUUUUGUAGUAGGACAAUUGUGAAAAUACUGGAGGUAGUUUGGAUACUGUAGAAAAUCUAAGUUAACUAAUAGCUCAAAUCUGAAUCUUUGGCAUUUGCUAUUUGGAAAUUGCAAUGGUAAGUUCUAGAAUGCAAGUCUGCAUCUGCCACUUACUAAAUUAGAAAAGGCUGACUUUUUUUCUCCGAAUUCAGCAAUGUAACAAUUGCCUUAUUAUUCCAGAGUAGAGAAUUGCCUGUAUAAAAUAUUAUUUUGUUUAAAAAAGACACCCUAGGUCAUAAAUAAAUAUUUAUCCUCUAAGCAUAGACACAUUUGUAAUGCUUUGCUUAAUGUUCAGAUACAAAUUUUUAAAUGUUAGGACUAAGCCUAAUGCAUUGUCAACACAUUCUUCAAUGAUUUUUUUUCUUAACACAUUGUCAAACUUUAGCCUUAUAAAAGUUGUUAAUAAUAAAACAGUGCCAUGAUUUUUCUUCAUGUAUUAAUAUAAAAA